AUGACUGACACCCGGAGACGGGUGAAGGUCUACACGCUCAACGAGGACCGGCAGUGGGACGACCGGGGCACCGGGCAUGUGACCUCGGGCUACGUGGAGAGGCUGAAGGGCAUGUCCCUGCUUGUCAGGGCGGAGAGCGACGGUUCUCUACUUUUGGAGUCCAAAAUUAAUCCUAACACUGCAUACCAGAAGCAGCAGGACACUUUGAUCGUGUGGUCUGAAGCAGAAAAUUAUGACUUGGCCCUUAGCUUUCAAGAAAAAGCUGGAUGUGAUGAAAUAUGGGAAAAAAUAUGUCAGGUUCAAGGAAAAGACCCUUCUGUGGAUAUUACUCAGGAUCUUGUGGAUGAAUCCGAAGAGGAACGUUUUGAUGAUAUGUCAUCACCAGGUUUAGAAUUGCCAUCUUGUGAAUUAAGUCGACUUGAGGAAAUUGCUGAACUUGUGGCAUCUUCUUUACCUUCCCCCCUUCGUCGUGAAAAACUCGCACUAGCACUGGAAAAUGAGGGCUAUAUUAAAAAGCUCUUAGAACUUUUUCAUGUGUGUGAGGACUUGGAAAAUAUUGAAGGACUACACCACUUAUACGAAAUUAUCAAGGGAAUCUUCCUCUUGAAUCGAACUGCACUUUUUGAAGUUAUGUUUUCUGAGGAAUGUAUAAUGGAUGUAAUUGGCUGUCUAGAAUAUGAUCCUUCUCUAUCACAGCCACGGAAACACAGGGAAUUUCUUACAAAAACAGCCAAAUUUAAAGAGGUGAUUCCUAUAUCAGAUCCUGAGCUAAAGCAGAAAAUUCAUCAAACUUAUAGAGUUCAGUAUAUACAAGAUAUGGUUCUACCCACCCCUUCAGUUUUUGAGGAAAAUAUGUUAUCAACACUUCAUUCCUUCAUUUUUUUUAAUAAAGUGGAAAUUGUUGGUAUGUUGCAGGAAGAUGAAAAAUUUUUGACAGAUUUGUUCGCACAACUAACAGAUGAAGCAACAGAUGAAGAAAAAAGACAAGAAUUGGUUAAUUUUCUUAAAGAGUUCUGUGCAUUUUCCCAAACAUUACAGCCCCAAAACAGAGAUGCUUUUUUUAAGACAUUGUCAAGUAUGGGCAUUCUACCAGCUUUAGAAGUCAUCCUUGGUAUGGAUGAUGCACAAGUGCGAAGUGCUGCUACUGAUAUAUUCUCAUACUUGGUUGAAUAUAAUCCAUCCAUGGUACGAGAGUUUGUCAUGCAGGAGGCACAACAGAACGAUGAUGAUAUUCUACUUAUCAACCUUAUUAUAGAACAUAUGAUUUGUGAUACAGAUCCUGAACUUGGAGGAGCAGUCCAACUUAUGGGUCUGCUUCGAACUUUAGUUGACCCGGAGAACAUGCUAGCCACUGCCAACAAAACUGAAAAGACUGAAUUUCUGGGUUUCUUCUACAAGCAUUGCAUGCAUGUUCUUACGGCUCCCUUGCUGGCAAACACAACAGAGGAGAAACCUAGUAAAGAGGAGGUUUUGGGUUCAGAUCAAAGAAAUAAUGUCACAAUAAAGAACUUUCCAUUAUUACAUUUAUUUGUUUUAGAUGACUUUCAAACUGCCCAGUUAUUGGCACUUGUAUUGGAAUUGUUAACAUUCUGCGUGGAACACCAUACCUACCACAUAAAGAAUUACAUUAUUAAUAAGGAUAUCCUGCGGAGAGUACUAGUUCUCAUGGCUUCAAAGCAUGCUUUCUUGGCAUUAUGUGCCCUUCGUUUUAAAAGAAAGAUCAUUGGGUUGAAAGAUGAAUUCUACAACCGAUACAUAAUGAAAAGCUUUUUGUUUGAACCAGUAGUCAAAGCAUUUCUCAACAAUGGAUCCCGAUACAAUUUAAUGAACUCUGCCAUUAUAGAGAUGUUUGAAUUUAUUAGAGUGGAAGAUAUAAAAUCAUUAACAGCUCAUGUAAUUGAAAAUUACUGGAAAGCACUGGAAGAUGUAGAUUAUGUACAGACAUUUAAAGGAUUAAAACUGAGAUUUGAACAACAAAGGGAAAGGCAAGAUAAUCCCAAACUUGACAGUAUGCGUUCCAUCUUGAGGAAUCACAGAUAUCGGAGAGAUGCACGAACACUAGAAGAUGAAGAGGAAAUGUGGUUUAAUACUGAUGAUGAAGAUAUGGAAGAUGGAGAAGCUGUGGUUCCUCCAUCUGACAAAACAAAAAAUGAUGAAGAUAUUAUGGAACCAAUCAGUAAAUUCAUGGAAAGGAAGAAAUUAAAAGAAAGCGAAGAAAAGGAGGUACUUCUGAAAACUAAUCUUUCUGGUCGCCAGAGCCCAAGCUUCAAGCUUUCCCUCUCCAGUGGAACAAAGACUAAUCUUACCAGUCAGUCAUCUACAACUAAUUUGCCUGGAUCUCCAGGAUCACCUGGGUCUCCAGGUUCACCAGGAUCUCCUGGAUCCGUUUCUAAAAGCACAUCUCAGACGGCAGCUAUUACUACCAAGGGAGGCCUCGUGGGUCUUGUAGAUUAUCCUGAUGAUGAUGAAGAGGAUGAUGAAGAUGAAGAUAAGGAAGAAACUCUACCAUUGUCAAAGAAAGCAAAGCUUGAGUCAUAAUAAUGGCAACUGCCUAAGAUCAGUUCCUGUUGAAAAAACUGGUUCUCUACUAAACGCCCCUCCCCCUCACCCCCAAAAGAUCCACAACAAAGCAGCAGUCUCUUGUGAAUGACUGACAUAGAUCAGCCUUAUACACUUGGCUUUCUGCUAAUCAAGUGCCAAUUCAAUGGAGCAGAAGGAGGGGGAAAUUAUUCAUUUAGGGGAAAGACUUAAGCCUUUGAGCUUUCCAGCUUGGACCACACAUUGCCCUUUUCUCAGGGAAGGAAAUGGAAACAAAAAAAAGCCAACAGGGCAGGAGUUUUGUUAGUGGAACUCUGGAUUGGCUGGUCAGUUGCUACAAUCAAUAUAUGCUUUCUUGGACCAUGUAUGAGACUCAGAAGAAUGGGCUUUUCUGGCCUAAUUCUUCACUAGUAAGAAUGCCAGCAGUUUCUUUGUAUAAAGAGACCUGCCUUUGAAAUCAUACAUUCUGAACAUUUUAGUCAAGCUACAACAGGUUUGGAAAAACCUCUUUGGGGGAGGGGCUAAGUAUAAAGUUUCCUCUUUUUUAUCUGUUCCCUUUGCCCUUCAAACUGCAGAUUUUUUUUUAAGUGGGGAUUUGUCCUUACUUGAUUAAAGAUUGAGUGGAAUUCUA